AUGGGUAAUGACAACUUCUUGAACGUCUACAAGGGGCCCGACUCGGUUCGGCAGUAUUUCGAUCCAGAGUCGUCGCCGCCAAUGCCCCUGGUUGAGAUACCGGACUGUCUCAACCCCUACCGCUCCGAGGGUAUUCGCAUCUACGCGAAGAUGAUGUCUAUGCAUCCCGCUAAUAAUGUCAAGUCAAUGCCAGCCCUCAAUCUUUUGCAGAAUAGCAUCGUCCCAGACAAGACCAAGACUGUUGUCGAAUACAGCUCCGGCUCAACCGUUCUUUCCAUGUCCCUGAUUGCCCGGGCAUUCUAUGGCCUGCCAGAUGUCCGGGCUUUUCUUAGCAAUAAGACUAGUCUUGCCAAGAUUCGCCUGAUGCAGCUAUUCGGAAUCAACAUCACGCUGUUUGGCGGUCCCUCACAACCCGAACCGCUUGAUGAGCGUGGUGGUAUUCGGGCUGCGCAGAGAUUGGCACAGACGUCUGACUCGGCGACUAUUAACCCUAAUCAAUAUGAAAACGACAGCAACUGGAAGUCUCAUGUCAAGUGGACGGGGCCUCAAAUCCUGAGGCAGCUACCUGAAAUUAACAUCAUCUGUGCAGGCAUGGGCACUUCAGGUACCAUGACUGGUCUUGGCACGUACUUUAAGGAGGCAAAGCCUAGUGUCUUCAGACUCGGAGUCUGCACUGCAGCCGGUGACCGCGUCCCAGGACCCCGGUCGUACGCCCUGCUGGCACCUGUUGAGUUCCCUUGGAAAGCUGCCGUUGACCACAUCGAGGAAGUUGGGUCGCACGACUCGUACUCUCUCUCCUUGGACAUGAUCCGAGAAGGUCUUGUUUGCGGACCCUCGUCCGGGUUUAACCUCAAAGGCCUCUUCCAGUUCAUUGAGAAGCGCAAGGCAGAAGGCAAUCUCUCCCAGUUGGCCGGGUCGGAUGGCGAGAUUCACUGUGCCUUCUUGUGCUGCGAUUUGCCAUACCAGUAUGUAAGCGAGUACUUUGACAAACUGGGCGAGUCGUUUUUCCCAUCCAUCAAAAACGAGGAACUCCUCGGCGUCGAUGUCUACAGAUAUGACGAAGCCUGGGAACGAGACGCAGCCGACGCCCUCGCUGCCUUUUUUGGUGUCAGCAAAACUGUGAGCGGCGAUGUGCUUUUGGAAAACAGCGCUGCUCGGCCCAAGUCUGAAACUACAAUCAUUGAUCUUCGCCAGGCGGCAGACUUUGAAGAAUUCCACGUCCCCGGAUCUACCAAUGUGCCGUUCGUCCAGGCGGACCAGCCCAGUCCCUUCUCUGAUCCUAGCGCCCUCAAGGGGCUAUGGACUGGGCUUGAAGAGACUUUCAAAGUCCCUCACCAAGACCUCCAGUCCCUGCUUCACGGCAAGCGUGUCUUGCUCCUGUGCUACGACGGCGACAGCUCCCGCGUGGCGAAUAGUGUGCUCCGGGCCAAGGGGUACGAGACGGACAACAUCAGGGGAGGAUUCAAGGUCCUCCACCAGCUGAGAGACGAGGCGAAGCGCUCCCUUGCCAAUGCGACGCAGCAGCAGGGCCAGAUGUGGUUGAGACUAAGUAGUGAGACGGAGGGGAUCACGCCGUCGCAGCCGAGCCAGAUUUCGGUGUCUGUUCAACCAUUGGGAUCCGCUUCCGGCUAA